CAUAACGUCAUGCCAACAAUUGCCGCUGCUACCCACCAAUUGUCUGUAGUACUUAACGUGCCACUUCCAUGAUCCUGUAAAUUUCUUUCGAAAUUCGCAUACCAACUACUAUUGCUCCCCCCAUUCCCUAACAAGCUAUGCCUGCCUUGAAUUAUGUUACCCGUACCCUCAAUGCCAUCCGUGAUGUCUCUUCAUCUGAAGCCGCUUCUCUACAUGGGCAAAAGGCCAAAACACCCAUUAUUGCAGGCAGUAUCUGCGGCGGUCUGAUGGGUUUAGCUUGGAUCAUCGGUUUCACGAUAUACUUCAUAAAAAGGUCAAAGAGAAAGAAAGCGAAACGUGCCGUAGAGGCUGGCCUUGCUACUCCCAAGAAGCCCAAGAAGCCUAAGGAACCAGAAGAACAAAUUAUCAUCCCCCCUGACCCUGCGGUCCUCAUCGGAAUACGGAAGCCAGGCGAGCACGCUUUCCCUGAACGGGAGAAAUCUUCAGAAUUAGAGCGUUUAAACCCGGCUCACUCUCGUUCUGAUAUUGCAGUUGUGGCUCAGGAUCAACCCCUCCUUCGUGAUGAAGAGCGGGAGCAAGCUGGAGACUCGGACCACUGACAACAUGACAUCCACUAUCGUUUUAUUGUAUUCUUUAAUGAAGUUACCCCUGGCUUUCUAUCACACAUUUCAGUCACAGUAUGCUCCAACGCUGGCCGGCUAUGAGCACGUCAGUCAUGAAAAUGGAUUCUGUCAGUGAC